UGGUCUAGACAGUUGAACAUUAAGUCAGCUACAGAACACUUCCAUAAUAUUGUGUGGCUACAAAAACAGGAAGUUCCUCGCAAGCAAUUCCCAAUCAUGUUCUUCAGAAUUUGACACGCUUCCUUCUUUUUAACUCGACCAAACACUUCUUUCUCUGCUUAAAACCCCCAUAAAUCUCUGGAUCAACUGCUUCUCUUCCUCUUCUUGCACCUCCAAAGAAUCAUUCAUGGCAUUACCAUUUCACCUAUUCCUCUCUCAUACAACCGCCAUAACUAAAUCCUUUCCUUUAUCUCCUCUCUCCUCUACUUCCAAACCAACAACACCAACAAUCAAAACCCACCUCCUAAAACCGAUACUGCACACCUUAAAAAUACGCCACACAAAGUGUUAUGCGGCUAGUAGUACUGUGCAUGACGAGAGCAGAUCAGGAGUAGUAGAAGCUGAUGACCACAUGGUGCUUGUGGGUCCAUCUAGUGAGGAGGAAAGAAGAGGAGAGAGAGUAGUGGCUGAUUAUGAUUGGACUGAAGAGUGGUACCCACUUUACCUUACUAAGGAUGUACCUGAUGAUGCUCCUUUAGGGCUUACUGUUUUUGAUAAACAGAUUGUCUUGUAUAAAGAUGGAGAAGGCGAGCUUCGAUGCUAUGAAGAUAGGUGCCCUCACAGGUUAGCUAAACUAUCAGAAGGUCAGUUGAUAGAUGGAAGACUUGAAUGUCUGUAUCAUGGAUGGCAAUUUGAAGGAGAAGGUAAAUGCGUCAAAAUACCUCAGCUUCCUACGAAUGCAAAAAUUCCUCAAUCAGCUUGUGUGAAAACAUAUGAGAUUAGAGAAUCACAAGGAGUUGUUUGGGUAUGGAUGUCUAGAAAGACUCCACCAAAUCUUAAUAAGCUACCAUGGUUUGAGAACUUUGCUAGGCCAGGGUUUCAAGAUACUUCAACAACCCAUGAGCUUCCUUAUGAUCACUCUAUCCUUCUUGAAAAUCUCAUGGAUCCAGCACAUAUUCCAAUCUCACAUGACAGGACAGACUGGUCGGCAAAAGAUGGAGCCCAAGUCACUGAGCGCACUGAGAUCGGGGUAAGCAGGAUGGUGGGGGAGGGAUAAAGAUCCUGCUUUAUUACACAGGACUUCACAGGACUUUUCCUUUGUAGACCAACUGGACAAGGAAAAGCCAUGCUCAUUGUUAGGUUUGGAGGAACUAAAAGAUCUCACAUUGCAAAAUGGAUACCUCAGUGGUACUUCCAUCAGAAUGCAAGUAAGGUCUUUGAGCAAGAUAUGGGAUUCUUAUCAUCCCAAAAUGAAGUUUUAAUGAAAGAAAAAGUCCCCACAAAGAAUCUGUAUCUAAAUUUAAAGUCAUCUGAUACUUGGGUGGCAGAAUACAGGAAAUGGAUGGAUAAGGUUGGACAUGGAAUGCCUUAUCAUUUUGGGCACAGCACAAUCUCUCUACCUGAAGUACCUGCUGUUGUAGAACAUGCGCCGGCUGGUCUUGUUGCCGGAGUUUCAGCUUCGUCACCAGCAAAGGGUGGGAUUGGAACAAUGCAUGCACCAAACUUGAGUAACAGGUAUUUCCGGCAUGUAAUUCAUUGCAGGAAAUGCAGUAGUGUUGUCAAAGGCUUUGAAGCUUGGAAAAAUGCGCUUUCUGCUAUAGCUCUUGUGUCGACUGCAUUGGCUAUUCUAGCAUCUGGAAGGCAGUGGAAGCCCUUUCUAUUGUUAUCCUUUGGGUUUAGUAUUGCAGCUACAUUCACAACAAAUUUCAUAAGAACGCACAGGAGACUGUAAUUAGUAAGAGAGUUUCAUAAGUUUCUAAAAGCUAAUUCAAGCUGUGCGAAAAUGCUAAGA